UUUUCAUGCCUUCCCCCUGACCGCGUUUUGAUGGGCCUCUUUAACAAGAAAGGGAAGAGAGGGCUGCCGCCCAAGCUCGGCAAGAAGUCGGAGACGUCCUCCUCCGUCUCCGAUCCCCCUUCCGUCGCCUCGACACCGCGCGAUCCCCCCUCCAUCGCCUCGACGCCGCGCCCCGAGGAGGAGCCAACCGUGGAGCCAGCCGUGGAGCUGGCCGUGGAGCCGGCAGUCGUGCCGGCCGCGGAGUCUGCCGUGGAGCAAGAGGUGAAGGCGGCGUCCGACCGGGACAGCGCGGCGCAGAACGCGCAGGCCGAGCCAGCCGCUGCCGCAGCCGUGGCGGUGGAGGAGGAGGCUGCGGCUGCGGCAAGGGCGGAGGAGGCUGCGGCGGAGGAGGCUGCGGCUGCAGCGAGGGCGGAGGAGGCUGCGGCUGCGGCGAGGGCGGAGGAGGCUGCGGCGGAUGCGGCUGCGGCCAAGGCCUCUGCAAAGCCGCCAACCUCGGCGGGGAAGUCCCGCAGCCUAAGAGAGCUGUCGGGCGAGGCGAAGGCAAAGGCCGCGGCGGCGUCCACGGCCCAGGAGGCGGAGGACAGGGAGACCGAGAAGUCGUCGCCGAGUGAGCGCGAGCUCUGCGACGAGGACGAGGAGAACGACCGCCGUUCAAUCUUUGCGCGCUACUCGAUGGCGUCAAAGGAGGUGGCUCGCAAGCGCGCCAAGACGAUGGCGGCGUCGUGGGAGGCGGACGCGGCGGCGGAGCAGGCAGCGAUGGAGAAGUCCCUCGCCGCGCUGCGUGUGGACGCCAAGGCCUACGCAGAGGAGGCGUGGGUGCGGGCCCGCGCGUCGUCGGAGUCGCGCCGCCGCAGGACGAGCAGCGUCGCUUCCGUCUUCGACAAGGAGCCUCCGGCCGCCCCCAAGAAGGAGGUGCCGCUCCUCGACAAGAUCUCGAACUUCUUUGUCGGCGGCGCAAAGGCGGAGCCGGCACGACCGCCGCCGCCGCCGGCGGGGUCGGUCGAAAAGGAGUACGACGCCCCCUCGCCGAUGACGCUGUCGCCGAACUCCACGGCGGCGAACUCGCGUGUCAACACGCCGCGGCCAAGCGAGCCUGAGAAGCCGGCGGACGAGGCGGAGGCCAAGCCGUGGUGGCAGGUGUGGUGAAGAGAGUGUGGCAGGCUGGCGGCCAUGUUGGCGGCGCCUCCAAUCCCCACCCGGACCAGUCCUGGAUGGCUGCGGUGCGGGCCAACCUGCGUGUGGGGUGUGUCGAUAGUCGAGAGCGAGCGAGCGCGUGCAGCGAGUGAGGAGUGUGUCACAGCCGUGAGCGACAAAACCGAAGACGGCGAAGUCCGAAUGCGAAUCCCUGCUCAGUGCUCGCUCAUCGGACUUUAUUUUGUUAGUCGUUUCGGACUUUUCAUAUUU